UAAAAAAAGGAAAGUUCUUUCGUGUUAUCAAUUAGUUUUCAAGAGGAAGUUUUUAUUGUUCACACUUCACAGUGCAUUCGUAUUCUUUCGUAAAUUUAUUGUAUUGUACAAUUAAUUAUUUUAAGGUUUUGAUAUUUCGUUGUAUGUGAAAUAAAACAUUUUCUACUGUUUAUCAAUACGUCAUCGAUCCGUCUUAUUGAUUGCAAACCUAUAACAAUUUAGGGUGUUUUCAAGGGUGAUCGUACUGUUUUAAACUGUAAAAGUUCGGUUAGUGACCUGUUGCAUGUUUUUUGCCGAAUGUGCCUUACAGUAGUAUUAUGGAUAAACUAAAAAGAUUCCUGAACGGAGACGAAAGGGACGACGACAGUUCUACGGGAAUUCUUCCGGACCUCGAUACGAGAUCUCUAAGUUGGAAAACUAGAAUAACAGGAUUUAUCGUCUGUUUCAUACUGGGAUUGAUAAUAUCUCUUUUUGGAGUUUUGUCUCUAUUCUUCCAUAAAGGGCUUACUAUGUAUGCAUUAUUUUACACGUUGGGCAACAUCAUUUCCAUUUUAAGUACCUGUUUUUUGAUGGGACCUGUCAAUCAACUGAAAAAGAUGUUUAAUCAGACGAGAGUAGUCGCUACCAUCACAGUUUUUGUCAUGAUGGGCUUGACUUUAUUUGCUGCUAUAACGAAACAUGCUGGAUUGUCACUCCUCUUUAUGAUUUUGCAAUGGUGUGCAAUGGUGUGGUACUCCUUAUCUUAUAUUCCUUAUGCAAGGGACGCUGUAAAAAAAACAUUUGAGUCCUGCAUUGUGUGAUUGUAAUUAUUGUAUUAUUAUUUGAUAUUUUUGUACUAAACAAGCAUAAUAUGUAAAUUGUAAAUAUAUACACCACAUAUAUUAAUUAUAUAUGUAUUAUUUUAUUAUAUAUUUAUAAUAUUUAGACUGAAAAAAUAAAUUUGUACCUACAGUAAUUAACAAACAGGGUUGUUUGUUCAGUUUGUAUACUGAAAUAUAAUAAUAAUAUAUUUUGUAAUUUU